AUUAAAAAUCCAGUUUAAAAUUUUAGUGGGAUUUUAAACUGCCUUUCCACUUUUUCUUCUCAUAAUUUUUUUGGCUGAUCGAUUAGUGGAAUCCUAAGAGAGGUUUAAGCGCAACAUGUAAUACCUGUUGGGCAGCAGGCGACAUGGAGAAACGAUAUAAUGCUGGCAGAAACUUCCUGCGCGAUGAUUGAAACACUAUCGCAGCUUCCAAUUUCCAGUUAUUCAAUCGGGAUAGCCUGAUAAGUACCUCUUCUGUACGAGUGUUUGUGAAUCUUUGAUUAUCUAUGAUUUGACUCAAAGUGUGCGCCACGAUGGAGGACAUUGCGAAGCUGGAAUAUCUGUCGCUGGUGUCGAAAGUCUGCACGGAGAUGGAGAACCAUCUCGGCUUCAGCGACAAGGAUCUCGCGGAAUUCGUGAUCCACUUAUCGGAGGGGAACGACACGUUCGACGCGUUCAAGAAAGCGCUGCUGUCGAACAGCGCCGAGUUCUCGGACGCGCUGAUCGCCAGUCUGCUGCGGCUGAUUCAACACAUGCGCCCGCGCAAGGACAAGGGGGCCGCGGAGGCCGGUCUGAAGGAGCUGGACACGGUUAUCCGCAAGGAGAAGACCAAAACCGCCUUCCCCGGACUCAGCAUCCCCAAUGAUCCCACCGUCAGGACGAUGUUGGAUGAGGAUGUCAAGCCGGAAUUGAAAGCCAAAAUUGAAGACGUGAAGGUGGCGCUGGACGCCCUGGCGCAGUUGGAGGCCCUGGAGCAGAAGAAUAUCAAGCGCGAAGAACGCAGUCCCACUCCGGAGCGCCGCCGCGAGCGCCACCACCGGGAGGAUGACGGGCGCCGGCAACGGCGGGAAGACGAUGACCGCCGCCGCCGCUCCCCCACCCCCGAGCGGCGAGACCGCGACCGGGAGCGCCGACGCGACCGUAGCCGCGAACGGGACCACCGCGAUGAUGGGCGACACCGGCGGUCGCGCUUUGAGGAGCUGCCCUCCGAACCGGAAGUGGGAGCGAUUUACGACGGCCAGAUCACGCGCAUCAUGCAGUACGGGUGUUUCGUGCAGAUCAAGGGCCUCCGGCGCAAUCUGGAGGGCCUGGUGCACAUCAGCGAACUGCGCCGCGAAGGCCGCGUCAACGACGUCAGCGAGGUGGUCAAGCAGGGCCAGAAAGUGCGCGUCAAGGUCAAAUCUUUCACGCCCAACCCCGUGGAACCGAAUAAAUCCAAGACCUCCUUGAGCAUGAAGGACGUGGACCAGGAGACCGGGGAGGACCUGAAUCCGACCCGCAAUCUGCCGGUGAAGACGGCGCAACCGGCCGCGCCCCUGCGCAAUCCCGACCGCCCCGUGGCGGUGCUGGAGCUGGACCGGCCGACGGAUCCCGACGCCACGAAGCGCGCGGUGAAACGCCUGUCGUCGCCGGAACGCUGGGAGUUGAAGCAGUUAAUGGCCGCCGGGUGUAUGGAUAAACGCGAACUGCCCAACUUCGACGAGGAUACGGGCGUGCUGCCGAACGAACCGGAAGACGACGAGGACAUCGAGAUCGAGAUCGUCGAAGACGAACCAGCCUUCCUGCGCGGUUACGGCCGCGCCACCCUGGACAUGGACCCGGUGAAGAUCGUCAAGAACCCCGACGGCUCCCUGGCGCAGGCCGCCAUGAUGCAGGGCGCCCUGGCCAAGGAGCGCCGCGAGGUCAAGCAGGCCGCCCGCGCCGAGGACGCCGGCGCCAAGCCCCCGCCGCGCCCCUUCGGCGACCCCGUGCCCGGCUCCAGCGCCGACGACGAGGUGGUGGACGCGGCGUACAACAACCGCAUCCAGGGCGGGGAUCUGCCCGAGUGGAAGAAGUACAUCACGGGCGGGGGGAAGGCGUCCUACGGGAAGAAGACGAGUAUGUCGAUUAUGGAGCAGCGACAGUCGCUGCCGAUUUAUAAGCUGCGGGAUGAGCUGGUGAAGGCCGUGACGGAGAACCAGAUCCUGGUGGUCAUCGGGGAGACGGGCAGCGGGAAGACCACGCAGAUUACGCAGUAUCUGGCCGAGGCGGGGUUCACGGCAAGGGGGAAGAUUGGGUGUACGCAGCCAAGGCGCGUGGCCGCCAUGUCGGUGGCCAAAAGAGUGGCGGAGGAGUUUGGGUGCCGGUUGGGACAGGAGGUCGGGUACACGAUCCGUUUCGAGGACUGCACGACGAACGAGACGGUGAUCAAGUACAUGACGGACGGUAUGCUCCUCCGUGAGUGCCUGAUCGAUCCGGACCUAACCGGCUACCACGUGAUCAUGCUGGACGAGGCCCAUGAGCGCACCAUCCACACCGACGUGAUGUUCGGCAUGUUAAAAGCGGCUGUCAAGAAGCGCCCCACUCUCAAGUGCAUCGUCACGUCGGCCACGCUGGACGCCGUCAAGUUCAGCGAGUACUUCUUCAACGCCCCCAUCUUCACCAUCCCCGGCCGCACCUUCCCCGUGGAGAUCCUCUACACCAAAGAACCGGAAACGGAUUAUCUGGACGCGGCGCUGAUCACGGUGAUGCAGAUCCACCUCACCGAGCCCCCGGGGGAUGUGCUGGUGUUCCUAACCGGGCAGGAAGAGAUCGACACGGCCUGCGAGAUUUUAUAUGAGCGGAUGAAGACGAUGGGUGCGGAAGUGCCGGAACUGAUCAUCCUGCCGGUGUACAGCGCCCUGCCCAGCGAGAUGCAGACGCGCAUCUUCGACCCGGCCCCGCCCGGCUCCCGCAAGGUGGUCAUCGCCACCAACAUCGCCGAGACCAGCCUGACCAUCGACGGCAUUUAUUAUGUGGUCGAUCCCGGAUUUGUUAAGCAGAAAGUCUACAAUUCCAAAACAGGUAUGGACGCGCUGGUGGUGACGCCCAUCUCGCAGGCGCAGGCCAAACAGCGCGCCGGACGGGCCGGGCGUACCGGUCCCGGAAAGUGCUACCGACUGUACACGGAGCGCGCCUACCGCGACGAAAUGCUGCCGACCCCCGUGCCGGAGAUCCAGCGGACGAAUCUGGCCGGGACGGUGCUGAAUCUGAAGGCCAUGGGCAUCAACGACCUCCUGAACUUCGACUUCAUGGACGCCCCGCCCAUCGAGUGCAUGGUCAUGGCGCUGGAGCUGCUGCACUCGCUGUCGGCGCUGGACGACGAGGGACUGCUGACCAAGCUGGGACGGAGGAUGGCCGAGUUCCCGCUGGAGCCCAAUCUGGCCAAGAUGCUCAUUAUGUCGGUGCAACUGGGAUGCUCGGAGGAGAUGCUGACCGUGGUGUCCAUGUUGAACGUGCAGAACGUCUUCUACCGACCGAAAGAGAAGCAGGCCGUGGCCGACCAGAAGAAGGCCAAGUUCAACCAGCCCGAGGGCGACCACCUGACGCUGCUGGCGGUGUACAACGCCUGGAAGAAGCACAGCUGCAGUCCCGGCUGGUGCUUCGAGAACUUUGUGCAGCUGCGCACGCUGAAGCGGGCGGAGGACGUGCGCAAGCAGCUGCUGGGCAUCAUGGACCGCCACCAGCUGGACGUCGUCAGCUGCGGCAAGAAUGCGGCGCGGGUGCAGAAAGCCAUCUGCAGCGGCUUCUUCCGCAAUGCGGCCAAGAAGGAUCCGCAGGAGGGAUACCGCACGCUCAUUGACAGCCAGGUGGUGUACAUCCAUCCCUCGUCCUCCCUGUUCAACCACCAGCCCGAGUGGGUAGUAUACCACGAAGUAGUCCACACCACCAAGGAGUACAUGCGCGAAGUGACGGCCGUGGAUCCCAAGUGGCUCGUGGAGUUCGCGCCGGCCUUCUUCAAGUUCGCCGACGCCACCAAGCUGAGCAAGGCUAAGCGCCAGCAGAAGAUCGAGCCGCUCUACAACAAGUACGACGACCCCAACUCCUGGCGCAUCUCCAAGGCCAAACGCCUCCGCCGCAACUAGACCCCAUCGGUCGGCUGUUGUUUUCUGAUUCGGCGGAAUAUCAUUCGGGAUUUUCCAUGUGUAUAGUGUAAACGUUUUCCUAAUCUAUUUUGUUUUGACUGACAGUGCUAGUGGAAUGUGGUGAAUAGUCUGAAAACCGAAAAACAUACAGAUACAGUGUAGGACUGCAAAAAAAACGAAAAUUCGGGCCGCUUUCCCAAAAUCCGUUAAAAAUCGAA